CCUCAUCUCUAUGAACGGCAUCGCUAUGGUAGGCUUCUUCAAAGUACUUAGGAACGCGAUAGGUAAUAUGAGAGGCUAUUCUCCUCGGCUUCUCAAGUUACAGUGCUUAAGGAAGAAGUACAGUCCAAUAUGUUUUCUUGUCUCACUGUUUCAUGUCUCUACGGUCAUGAUGAACGAUGGCAACAGCGACAACAGCAUGCAAAAUACUAGGCAGCUGCUCCUUUUUCUUCC